UGUCCACAAUCACGGAUACGAUUAAUAUUGAACUGUCCCGAUCAACCAAAUCUCACACAGUAUUUUAAACAUUUGAAUACUUUCAAGACAGGACUGAUACCACCAAUAUGUCGAACUUCAUCCAUAAGGUCAAAGAUGCUAUCACGCAUGACCACCAUGACGAGCCCAGUCGCUCCUCAAAUGCUGGUCCCCAUGACUCUAAACUAGCCAAUAAGUUGGAUCCUCGUGUCGACAGUGACCGGGAUAACCGCGCGGCGCGUACUGAUACCAGUACUGGUGGCACUAGCGGAGUUUCCUCGUCCCCUUACGAUAACACCACGACUACAACUACUACGGGAUACGCUGGCGGAUCAGGAACAACUAAACCUGGUCGUACGUCGAACCAAGCUGAUUCCCGCAUUGAUAGCAACCGAACUCAAUAUGGAACUGCACCUGGUGUAGGCUCUGGCAGUGGGUACGGCAAUAACCCCCAAUCAACCAACGCUGGCCCUCACAGCUCCAACCUAGCCAACAAGGCAGACCCCCGUAUUGACAGUACCCAGAGCCAAUAUGCUCCUGCUAGCGGCGUUUCUUCCGGGGUUGCCUUUGCCGACCCUCGAUCAACAAAUGCUGGUCCUCAUGGUUCCACUCUAGGCAAUGUGGCAGAUCCCCGUGUCGACAGUAACCGAGGUCAAUAUGGUACCACAAAUGACUUCGCUUCAGGGGGGAGUGAUUACAAAAUGAAUAACACCCAGUCCACCAAUGUUGGCCCCCACGGUUCCAACAUUGCUAACAAAUUAGACCCUCGCGUGGAUUCCGACUUAGACAAUCGUGCUCGUCACCAGAAUCUUGGCUCUGGGCUCGCUCCGGCAGGUAGUAGCUACACAACUCCAGGAAGCGGCAAUGCUCAAUAUACUGCUGGUCCCCACAACUCCAAUCUGACCAACAAAUUGGAUCCACGCGUGGAUUCCGAUCUCGAUAAUAGCAGGACCGUUGGUCGAGACGCAACCCGUUAUUAAUAUCCUUGAUAACUCUUGGCUUUGAUGCCACCCGACUGACAAAUCAAGUUAUACGCGAUGUCUUUAUGUAUUGAUAGGUAGCUUAGUGUAUUCACAAUGCAAUAUGUAUUCUUUUCACACCCAACAUCACCC